UCACUCUUAUUUAACAAUCGCCAUUGUACGGGCACGUGUGAAAAGUGCAAGUUUUCAUUAACUUCUCUAAUUGACUGUACAACAGCGUUAUUUUAAAGCAAACAAAUGGAGUCUGAAUCGUUUUACGGUGUAACCCUCAGCGAAAAGGAGCCAAUUGCCCAGUUUGCUGUGCCGGAAGUGGCAGAAGAGUAUUUGGUGCACUCAUACAAACUGAUUAUUAAACAGAUUUCCCUUGGCCCCGAGGCAAAAUCAGGCGAAUUCAAUGUCAUACAGGCGGAAACACAAGAAAAUGAGAGUAAGAAGAUAGUUAAAAUUCCUAUUGCCGUCUUGAAGGUGGGCGAAACCCGCUCGUUGCGUCCAAAUGUUGAAUUCCCAAAUGGUUCCGUCACAUUCAAGCUUGUCCAAGGCACGGGGCCCGUCUAUGUGUGUGGCAAGUCUGAGAUGAACUUGGGCGAAUACGAGGAUGUUAAUAUGUACGAGGAGUAUUCGGAUGAGGAAGACGAAAGCGAAUUGGAGCUGGAUGAGGAAGCUUCGCCACAGACAAAUGGAAAGAGCAAUAAAAAGAAGUAAUAAGAAAAUAUAUAACUACAACAAUCAGUAAGCUAAUUAAAAAUAACAAACACAACGGAAAAACAAAA